ACGUAAAAAUCGAUGUGUUCUUUACUUUUUGUUUUAUUGCUUUCUUGGAACACGUCAGGCAACCCGUUUCAUCAAUAGAAAACUCUUACGUUUAAGCCACUGAUCAGUAGGGCACGUACUCUAACAAGUGGUAUCAAAGAGGGUUGUCUUAAAAAGGGUUAGGACCUAAGACAAAGAUCAAUAUGAUUUAUUACGCACCACCUACUGGUCAUAGUGAAGGUCAAUCCAUUAUUCGACCUCCACUGUUAGAUAGGUCUCACUUCAUUUGAUGGAAAUCUAGGAUGAAGACAUUUUUUCAAAGUGUAGAUUAUGAAUUAUGGGACAGAAUUAUUGAUGGACCAACAAUUCCCAUGAAGACAGUGGAUGGAGAACAAGUGAAAAAAGUAAGGAGUGAAUUCACUGCGAAAGAUGUUGUUGCACUACAAAAGAAUGCAAAAGCCAAAAACAUUCUUAUUUGUAGUAUUGGUCCAGUCGAGUACAAUAGAGUGUCUAAUUGUAACAUGCUAAAAAAAUCUGGGAUGCAUUGGUGAAUGCACAUUAAGGCACUAGCCAAGUGAGAAAAUUUAAAAUUGCAUUACUUUUCACUGAAUAUGAGGCUUUCAAAAUGGAAAAAAAUGAGUCACUACAAGAAAUAAUAACUAGGUUAACUUGUUAGUAAAUGGGUUAUCAUCUCUAGGAAAGGUUUUAUUUACUGAGGAACAGGUAGAGAAGGUCUUGAGAGUCCUACCAAAGUCUAAGUGGAAUGUCAAAGUUACAGUUAUAAGAGAAGCUAAGGAUCUCACUAGAAUGUCCCUUGAUGAGUUAGUUGGUAAUUUGAAGACCUAUGAGAUGGACAUAGAAGAUCUAAAUAGGGCAUUUGAAAGUGAUGAAGAAGAUGAUGAAGAACAUGAUGAAACUUAUCUCAUGGCUAUUGGAGAUUCAGACAUGGAAGAAGAUGAUGGAAAAUCUGAGGUGAGAGUGAAAGGAGGCGAGCAAAAUUUGUUCAUGGAUAAAGCUUAUUCAAGGUAUAUAACUGGAAGCAAAUAAAGUUUCUUUCACUCACCACAAUUAAAGGGGGAAUGGAUAUUUUGGAAAUGGCAAAAAAAGGAUGACAAUGAAACUGAUGAGCAUGCACAGGAACAUAUUGUACCACCUGGUUCUACUAUUAUACAGACUGAGGGGCAUAUUAACAGGGGAACAGCAAAUCAAGAAAUUGAUGCAUCAAUAACACCAACACAAGUUGAUGAUAAUUUUGUUGGUAAUUCAUAAGAAUUGGUGUUAUCACAAGAAU